AUGGCUGAGGAAGGUAGUUCUUCAACUUCUGCGUUUGUUUCGUCAUUUAUUUUCUUUGGGCUGGUUGGACUGGUGCUCAUCACAGUGUUUAGUUUUCUUCGUCCCAAGUACAGACGUGUUUAUGAGCCGCGUUCGCUGACUGAUGUUCAGACUGUUAAGGAGGAGGAAAGAGCAGAUUCAGUGCCCGACAGUACUUUUGGCUGGAUCCCUUAUUUGUUGGGUAAACCUCACUCUUUUUUGAUGCAGCAUGCUAGUAUUGAUGGAUACUUUUUGCUGCGGUACGUUGGGAUCACGGCGUCAUUGUCUCUGAUCACCUGCUUUUUGCUGUUCCCUAUCCUAUUGCCGGUGAAUGCUACUAAUGGUCGUGGGUAUGAAGGUUUUGAAUUGCUGUCGUUUGCGAACGUUACGAACCACAAUCGGUUUUAUGCUCAUGUUUUUUUGUCGUGGAUUUUUUUUGGAUUGUUGCUUUAUGUUAUUUACAAGGAAUUGUAUUACUACGUCGUGGUGAGACAUGCGGUACAGACAAGUCCGCUUUAUGAUGGAUUGUUGUCUUCUAGGACGGUGAUUGUGACAGAGUUAAAUGAUACUUUCUCUCACCCUGGUGAGAUGGAAAGACGUUUCCCUCGUGCUUCGAAGAUCGUCUUUGCUGCAGAUCAUAAGCAAUUGCAGGACUAUUGUAAGGAUCGGGCCAAGACUGCUGCUAAGUAUGAGGGCACUUUGAAUAAGUUGGUGAACAAAGCGGUGAAAAUGAAUUUGAAAGCGCAAAAGAAGGGCAAACUAGAUGAUUUGUACCACAAUGGGUCUGAAGCACAGGAUAUGCUUGAAACGUAUGUUCCAACAAAUAAGAGACCAAAGCAGCGGUUAGGUAAGAUCAAGUUACCGUUGAUGUCGGAGAAAGUUGAUUUGAUUCAUUACUCGCAGGAUCACAUUGCAGAAUUAAACGAAAAGAUUCAUCAGGAACAAAGGGAAUGGGAUCAAAAGGAGAUUAAACCAACGGUUUUUAUGGAAUUUUCCACUCAACUUGAAGCACAGAAAUGUUUCCAAUCGAUAGAAUCGGUUAUGGGUAAGUCUUCUUUUGGUAAGAGAUACAUUGGUGUGGCUCCUGAAGAUGUUAAAUGGGAUAAUGUUUCCUUUACAAAGUCAGUGAGACGCGGUAAGAGAGCUUUGGCGAACACUUUUCUAUGUCUAAUGAUCAUCUACUGGGCCAUCCCAGUCACGGUGGUUGGUGUUAUCUCGAACGUUAAUUUCUUAUCUGAGAAAGUUUUCUUCUUACACUGGAUUCAAGAUAUUCCCGAUCCUAUCCUUGGGAUAGUUACUGGUAUUGUACCUUCCUUGGCACUAUCCAUUUUGAUGUCGUUGGUUCCACCAGUUAUUAAGAAAGCAGGUGUGAUAAGUGGAUCUAUGACUGUACAAGAAACCGAAUUGUAUUGUCAGUCAUGGUAUUAUGCGUUCCAAGUUAUUCAAGUCUUCUUGGUUACUACUGCUGCUUCCUCAGCUUCUUCCACCGUUGAGGCUAUCAUUAGAGAACCAAGCAGUGCGAUGACUUUGUUGGCUAACAAUCUUCCAAAGGCUUCGAAUUUCUACAUUUCUUACUUUUUGCUUCAGGGUCUAACAGCUCCACCAUUUGCCUUGGCUCAAGUAGUGCCUUUGGUAUUGAGUAGAUUUUUGGGUAAAUUCCUGGACAAGACUCCUAGACAAAAAUGGAACCGUUAUAAUAAAUUAGCUGAACCAAGUUGGGGGGUUGCCUAUCCAACAGUGCAGAUCCUUGUUUGUAUUUGGAUUUGUUAUGCCGUGAUCGCUCCUUUGGUUUUAGUCUUCAGUUCCUUGUGUUUGUGCUCCAUCUAUCUAAGUUUCAUCUACAUGUUCAACUUCGUUGUUGGAUUUGGUCCAGAUAACAAGGGUAGAAACUAUCCUCGUGCUCUGUUCCAAAUCUUUGUGGCCAUGUAUCUCGCUGAAAUUUGUCUACUUGGUCUUUUCAUCAUGGGAAAGGCCUGGGGUCCACUGGUUCUAGAAGUGGUGGCUAUUGUUGUUACUGUCUUGGCACACCUAUAUUAUAAGAGAAGAUUUAUGCCAUUAUUUGACGCCGUCCCAAUAAGUGCUAUCAGAUACGCUAGAGGUGAAAAAGGUUACAGUUAUCCAGCUGAUUUGGGUUACAAGGAGAUUAGAGACGUUGCUGAUGAGGCAAAGAACGAUUUUGAACAAGAUACUAAUUCAGGUGUCAUUCGUCCAGCAACCUCUGCAGAACUAAAAAGAGCUCACUUACUUUCAAACACUGAUUCUAACACCAACGAAGGUAGUAAUGAUCAAGCCGAAUCUAUUUCAGAGAAACCAGUCAACAUCUUUGACGAGAAUAGACGUAGUAGUACUGAAAGUGGUAGCUCCAAUGGUGUGGCCAAGAAGUCAACACUAGGUGGUGCUUCAAAGAACGAAUCUACUUUUGUUCCUGAUGAAAAUUUCCAUAAAAAAACCUAUAAGGAUUUGGAGAAUAGACCAAGGGAACCAAGGGAUGAACACAGAAAUGCUGAAGGGGCUCUACUAGAAAAUGCAGAUGUCGCUAAAGUUUACGCUGAUCCUGCAGCUAUUGUUGAAGCCGAGAACUCUUUCCCACCCAACAUACCUGAAACCAGAACUUUAAGGCAAAGAGCAAUCAAUUUCUUCUCUCCAGCAAAGAGUUAUCCUUUCGAAACGGUUAGAAUGAGAUUACCUCACAUUUUCAAUACCACUAUCGAGUACGAUGAACAGUUCUUGAACUCGGCAUACAGUGACCCUAGCGUUCAAGAAAAAGAUCCAAUCAUUUGGAUCUGCAAGGACCACAUGGGUCUCUCCAAGCAACUCAUUCGUGACGCACACACCAAAGACGUUUUGGUCACAGAUGAGUUCACCGAGUACGACGAAAAGGGUAGGGCGAUGUACCUCUUCAACCCUCCAGAUUUCGAUUACAAGGCAAAGAGAUAG